CAAUCCAGCCGAAGCUUAUUUUCAUCGCAGACAGCUCGCAGCUACUCAGAGCAUUGGCCCCGGUCCCGUUAUUGGCGUUGGUAAAUUAAGCGCGUUACUAGACGGCUACCACACCCUCACUCUUUUCUCUUCCGCUUUCUGGUUUUUCUCUCCGCCGACACACACAGGCGGCUUUUCUAGGGUUAACGCCCCCGAGUCGACUCGAUUGCUUCACGGCGACGCGCUCAUCGUUUCUCUGCUUAUUACUGCUACUCUGCCGGUUCUCUUUCCUCGACGAAAACGAACAACGCACGCGAUGGCGUCGCGCGGUCAAACCGAAACGAGCAAGCUGAAGGAGCGGCUCGAAGAGCAGCUCGAUCGGCUUAUGGCACAGCUGAGCGACCUCGAAGAGUGCCGCGCCGAGCUCGACGAGGACGAGUACGAGGAGACCAAGCGCGAGACGCUAGAACAGCUGCGCGAGUUCCAGCUGUCUCUGGCCAAGAUCGUGUCCGGAGACAUGACUCUCGUGGACCAGCUGAGCGGCAUGCAGCUCGCCAUACAGGCAGCCAUUAGCGACGCAUUCCGGACGCCCGAGGUGAUCAGGAUGUUCGCGAAGAAGCAGCCAGACCAGCUACGCGAGCGCCUGUCACAGCUGCAGAGGGACGCCAAGAUUGGUCGGCUCACCGAGGACGAGCUGGCUCCGCAGAAGCUCGAGAUCCUCGCCGCUCUCAAGAAGCUCAAGGCCAGCCUGCUUCCCGAAGAGGAGCACUACCUUGAGAAGCAUGCUAGCAAGGCGCUGCUCGACUUUGACCAGGUCGGCGAAGACUCGGCGGACGCGAGCAGACUGCUUGACGUAGCAGGCUCCCAAAUCAAGGCUGCUGCGCAGCGAUGACUCUGGUUCUAGUCACAGUUCGCCCUUUGGAAUGCUGGCUUCCAUUGUGUGUUCCUGUCUGUUGCAUUGUUUGCAACUUUUGAGGUGUUGGUAAUGAUGGUGCACCUUUUGGUGAAUCAAGCACUGAACCUAACUGUUGCAGCUGUCCCAUGUCAAUGACACAAGGUGUUGCAUAUAGUACAGAUAAAGGAAUUAAGUACACUUGUGAACGCUACCCUUUUCAUGGUUGCUGUUGCGCAUGUCCACUUCUUUUACACACCUUUGGCCGCUUUCCUUGCAACACUGUAGGUGCGAUGAUGCAAUUAUCUUGCCAUUGACCUUACAGUUCGCUAUGAAAAUUACUAGGUGGAACUCGGCUGCCCCAAUCAUUCAGCUACAAUGAGAAUGAUUGCUAGUUACAUGUAUUUGUCUAACCCUCGUUCCUGCAGCUUAUUAUUAUGUGCCUCUACUGGCCUAACUUUCCAAGUGAUCAUAUCUUUCUGAACACACGAAGGCAAUCAGGCUCUCAGCACAUGCAUAGUUGUGAAUUGUUACAUUUGUAACACAAUACUUUGUUGACCAUGAUCUAUUUGCAAAGUCACAAAGUUUGAAGUCACAAUGAUAAAGUUAGAGAUAUCCGCGUCCCAGCCAUCAUUCAUCUGCUGGCUGAUCCACAAUACUUCCAGCUUCCAUAUGCAUUAGCGUCAGAUUUCCCUCUAGUAACAUUUGUAUAAAAAUUAUGUGGAUCCCAUGCACUGACGGAAUCUAUGUAAACGAAGCUUUCUGUGCUGUUUGCUUUGAUUGAUGAUAAUUAACAGUGAUGCUGAUGGCAAAUGUUUAAAUUAUUUAGCGUUUAGUCCAAUAUAAGAGUGCUGAGUUGAUGUUAAACACUGAUUUGUGUGUACCACUGCCGUUUGUCUGCGUAGUACACAGAACACACAGGGAGACGUUUGCUUGAGGCGUUGUUGUGUGCCAUUGUUCAUAAUUUCAGAGAGGGUUGAGCAUUAUCAUUACCUCGCAUGUCACAUCGCAUUGUGGCAGACAUGUUAAACUUUCUUUGAAUGAUGGGACUGUACGUACCAGAGCCACAAUCUGAUUAUGAGGUACGCUGUAGUGGUAGACUACAGAUUAAUUUUGACCCCUGGAGUCCUUCAACGAGCACCUAAAUCUGAGUACAUUUGUAUUUCGCCCCCAUCAAAAUGUGGCUGCCGUGGUCGAGAUCGAACUCGUGGCCUCGGGCUAAGCCACAUUUACAAAGCCACCACGGCAUGUGCACAAGUGUUGAUUUGGCGUGCGACCGCUUCCGUAGUGUCGCCUAGAUGCUACAGUGCUUUAAUGCAGCUUUGCAUCUGCACGCCGUGCAUCAGUUGCCAGCGUGACAAAUUUGCAUGCGUUUUAUUUCACAUAUAGCAGAAACAUACCGUGCCGUACCUUGAACCUAUACGUAUUCAGCUCGUCCGCAACCGCUGCCGUGUCUUGUGGUAGCAUUUUCUCACCUUGUCUCUCUCCUACUCUCUCCCCAUAUAUGGGAACUGUGAGCGAGGGUGGCAAGGCUGUUUUUCACUAAUUUCACAACUGCAUCAGCUUUACCCAUUCCCUGCCUCUUUUCCACCCUCCUAUCUACUUUUCUAUCUACCUCCGCAAUGCAUUUCUGCAAUGCAUUUGCAGGGGUCAUAGAUAAUUACAGCUGUCAAGGGGUUAAUAUGAUGACGCCCAGGCAGCUGCAGUGGGCACUGUGCACAUGCGACACCAUGGAAAGGUCGAAACAAGCUUCUUGUGGCGACUUUCCUCUCUGCCACGCUCCCUCCAUGUAUAUGCACACUCUGAACCCUCCCCCAUGCAACAUGCAAGACAGCCACAGCAGCAGUGGAAGAGUCAAAGAAAGCUUGCUUUCGAAAGCUUUCCACCAUCAAUCAUUAACAAAGGCUGGUGUCACAGCCGUCCAUACUCAUUGAAGUUGUGUGGAUAUGUACACAUGAAAUUAAAUGUUAGAUUCAGUUGCAAACAAGUUAAACCAUCAAUUCAGCCACAUUUGGUCAUGUUCAGAAGGUGCAGUUGAUUCAUUGUUUAAGCCAGAGAGGUGGAUAAUCCACUCCAUUCCACAGGAACGCCCACGCCACUUUUCUUUAAAAUUUUACAGUACUAUGCAUGGCGAGUCACUGUGAACUGGCAAGAUUAUUAUUUGUAGUUUAGUUUUUGUAUAGGAAGGUACUGAAGGCCGGAAUGUCAUUGCCAAUGUGCGACACUCGUUAUACCUUGCCGAGAUAUCUGAAACGCAGCAUAGCAUUAUGUGAUUAUGUGUGAUGGUCAUUCUCUUUUGUACAAGACACCAAGCCUUGUAAAGGCCUGAUAUCCUUUAUCAGGCAUUGAUAUUUAUGUGUAAUAAAUCAUAAAUGUCCCGUUCUAAUGGUGCUUGUGUAGUUCCAUACAGUUGCCUCUAGUUUCUCCCCUUUCCAGACAGAAAUCAUCUUCACAGACUCUGAAAUCUGUCUUUACAGCUGGAAUGAGCUUGACGGUUCAGGGAGCAGUAGUGGCAUUUAUUUACUUUCACCAGAUUCUGUUAAUGCUUGUUAUGAAAACAAGGAUUAAAGGACCCUGGUUUCACUAUGAGAAACGUCUACCUUUGUGAGCUUCUCAUGAUGUAUCUGCUCGUACCUCAAAAAUAUUGCACAGAUGCUCUAUAUCUAGGUUAUCUGUAACUAGGCUUUUUACGCACUCCAAAAUAUUGCUCCAGUUGGCCCUCAAAGAAAUGUGUACCCGAUUUAUGAAGAAUCGGACAAAGGGAGACGCCACCACCACCCUUAGCUCAAGGUCUUGUUAUAAGGUUCCUAGAGCAUAUCUGGCCAAAACUCGGGACAGUAUUGAGCUUCAAAUGAGACUUCAUUGCGACAAUAUUAAACAAAGCAGAGCAGAGAAUGACAAGGCCAUCUUUUUCUGGUGAUGCAUCAUUUGUGGUGAUAACUGUCUGGAUUUGUGUGAUAGUUAUUUAGCUUAUUAAGUGAAAUUCAAGUUUAGAAGACAAGCUGUAAUAGCAAAAACGAAGUCAGUCAGCACACUAAGCAUGCCAGUUUGAAAGAACCCCAUACCCGGCACUAGUUUCUAUGAGUGGGUUCCUUCAGCAGUACA